AUGGAAGACACCCAAGCCCUCGAAAUUUGCCAGUCACCAUUGAAUUCAUCGCGUCAUGUCAAUACAGGUGACGAAAAAGAUUUAUUGUUGACAUCGAGCGUUCGGUCGACACGUUCGCAUGACCUACUUGAUCAGGAAAAUGCACCUAAGAAACGUAAGAACGUUUUUCACGUGACAGUGCCAAAGCCUUUCAGAUUUCACACCACGUCGCGUUCAGAUUCUCAUAAUGACGACCAACAAAAAAAAACCAUUGCACCUUUGACACCCAGAAUUCAAAAUGAACUUAAUGGUUCGCCCAAAAGUGUCAGCAAAAAAAUAAUAAACAAGACAAACUUGACUGUGCCUAGAUCACCUAUGUUACACACUAAAUAUAGAACAAAACCCCCAAGAUAUUUGCCAACUGAGGAACAAGAAAUUCAAGAAAUGAAACAAUAUACUUUUAAGGCAAUCCCGGUUAAAGAUUUAGGCGUAUCCAAAGAUUUAAAGCCCCAAUUAACAAUACCAACGUCGCCAGCAAUAACCAAACCAAAAGCUAUACAAAAGAAACCACUCACUCCGCAGCCAGUCGUCAAAGCUCAUCCUGUACCGGACUUCAAGGAACCAUUUGUGCCGACCAUCGAGCAUCGGAAAAUCGAUUUACCAAUUUUUACAUUGCCUGGGGACGAGAUUCAUAAACGAAAAUCAAAUGAAAUCGAAGAAAAAAUACAGAGGGAACUGGAAGAGAUGGUGAAUGCACGUAAAUUCAAGGCACAACCACUCCCAAGCGAUUCACCCGAUCGUUUACCACCGCGCCAUUACUAUCCGCUAACUCAUCCAAGGCCAUUCAGGUUAGAAACGGAAAGUCGGGGCGAGAAAUAUCAACGAUAUUUCCAUGAAAGGUUAAGAGAGAUGAGUGAACGUGAAAAGGAGAAUCAAUUCCGUGCCACACCACUUCCAAAUCUUGAACCACACAUUCCAAAGAAACCCGAACUUCCGCCGCCAACCAAACCGAUUGAGUUUGUUUUCCAUACCAGUACUCGUUUGGAGGAGCGUAAAGCAUUUGAUGAUCAAAGGAAAAUACGAGAGUCAGUCGCAGAAAUUCUCAGGGAACAAAAGCGAAAAGAAGAGGAGGUUAGAAAUGCAGAGGAAAUACGCCGUUUGCGAGCUGAAUUAGUUCAUCGUGCUCAACCGAUUAAACACUUUGCACCGUUACACAUACGACCUUCGAAUAAAAGGUCAACGAAAGCAGUGUCACCAAUGAUCGGCGAAAAGCGACGUAAAAUCAUGGAAGAACAGAAAAGGUUGUCUCUUCAAUCGGACUAUAGUAAAGACACAUCAAUUAUGUCAUUGCGCCCAAGAGAACCAGAGAAGGAAGUUGGAUUAACAAACUCAGUUGAAAUCACCGAUUCGGAGUUGGUAAAGUCAGUCAGCACCUCUAACUUGGAAAGUUCAAAGAACACUAACAUCUACAUCAGAUCUGAAUUACAAAACAUGAAGACAGAAGAAAACUCGAAAUUCUUUAAUUCCAUGUUCAUCGCUAAUUCGGAAGCGUCCGAUGGCUCAAAUACACAAAAACUGACCGUUUUUGAUGGUCCCAAAAUGCAAGAUUCGGUCAGCGUUAUCAGCUCAGAGCUGCAACGGCUGGUCACCAUCGAUACAUAUUCAGACAUGCAGCUCUAG